UGUAGUGGUCAAUCAAGAUCCAAAUAAAAUUUUAACAAAUGGAUACGUGACCAAGUCCAUUAAUAUAAUUUGUGCCUUCAGCUAAAAUGUGAUAAUUUUUUGCCAGCAAUGUUUAGAAAAAAUAAAGAAUAUAAAGCUAAAUUGGAACAUAAACUUUAUUUGGCCAGAGAAGAUCCAGAACCUGUAUUUGACUUGUCAGAUUGCAAUCUCCAUAAUGUUCCAACAGGAAUUUAUUCUCUGUGUAAAGUUUUUCUUAAACGAUCCUUAUUAUUACAAAAUAAUCGCCUUACAUCUUUAUCAGGAGGCGGUAACUUGAAGGAUUUAUACACAAUUGAGAUAUUAGACCUAAGUCAUAACAUGUUUGUUACCAUACCAGAAGAUAUUUCAUUAUUAAAGGAUUUGAAGGAAUUACAUCUUGGCUCAAAUAAAUUAAAACUGUUUCCUGAAAAGAUAUGUUCGUUGUGUAGUAAUUUACAAGUUCUGGACUUAUCAGAUAACCAUCUGAAAAGUUUACCUGAAAACAUGGGUGAUUUAUUAAAUUUGAGAAAAUUAAAUAUAAAUGGCAAUAAAUAUUUAAAAAAACUGCCAAAAGAUAUUUGUAGAGCUCAAAGAUUGACUAUCAUUGAACUAGAUCCCUUAAAUUUUGUUUAUCCACCUGACAGUAUUACUUCAGAAGGGACUGCAGCUAUUAUGAAAUACAUUUGUGAAGAUACAAACAGACCAUAUAUUUCACCAGAAGAUCUUGGAGAAAUUGUUAUAGAAAAUGUUGUAGAAACAAAAGGCGAUCAAACAGAUAAUUUUCAGGCAAAAAUAUGGAAGCUAGAACAUAUUAAGCAACAAAAGAUGCAAGAAUUUUUAGAAAUAGAACGUAAUAAUGAGUUGAUGCAAAGGCAAGAGCUGGAGUUAGCAAAUUCCAAUAAAGUUAACAGAGAAAAGUUAUUAGCUGACAUCACAUUACAGCAAAAUAAAUUUGAUUCUGAACUUAACAGAAUUCAUAGAUUAAAAGAAACAGAAAGAUUUCGCCUAAUAGAACAACUCCAAGAAGCCGAGGACAGCGCCGAUAAAGCUAUAAAACAACUAUUAUCGGUUUAUAAGGAACCUUAUGCACAACUAUUAGAACACGAAAAAAUGGAAGAACAACGUUUAUUUAAUACUGUAACAAAAUACGAGACCUUAAGAAAGGCAGAUAUUUUAGACGCAAUGGAAGAAAUCCUACAACAGGAAACGGAACAAUUUAUCAUGUUUAAUCAAAGCCGAAUUGAGACGUCGCGAAGCAUUUUAGAAACUGAAUUGGAGUCGGAUUCAAAAGUGUCUGAAAUUUUACAGAAUAGAGAUUUAUACAAGGCUGAAUUAUUAUCCAAAGUACGGGAAGAGAGCGACCUACAAAAAGCUGCUGUUGGUACCUUAUUGGAAAGAGGAGAUGCUAGAAGUUGGGGACUCUUGCAACAAGUUCGUUUGGUUGAGGCCCAAUUGGCUGCGUUAACCACUUUUGAAAUGGACAGAAGAAAAUUGUCAAUGGACGAAAAUUUGAAUGAUUUAGCGGAAAAGAGAAUUAAUCUGUCGAUUCUCUUAUUAGAUUUACUAGAAAAACAGAAACAGCGCAGAUCGGAACUGCUGCUGACGUUACAAAUAUUACAAGAACGUUAUGAAACAAACGAUGAUUUUUGGUUGCAUCAAUAUCAAAUUCUAUUAGACAAAUUGCCAGAUGGGCUGUCACAAGCACAAAAGAACAUUAAUCCAAUAUUAGGUCAAGCACUUGUCUUAAAUGGUGCAAUGCAUUGCUUACCAUUCCUUGCGAAAUUUACUCAAUGCCAAUAUGAUACUGAUAAUAUAACUGAAGAAGACUUGAAGAGAGCCGGAGUAACAAACGCUUACGAUAGACAAAAUAUAUUAAAUGCUUUCGUAACGUAUAGAAAGGAAAGAGAAUGCGUUAAUGAUUAUCCAACGCCAUCAGCACCUCAACUUCCACUGGAGGAAGCUAGUGCUCCUUUAUCGGAAAACGACUGCGUUCAUAAAGUAAACUCUGAGUGUGUUGUUUGUUUGGAUUUAGAGUGCAAUGUAAUAUUUUUUCCCUGUGGCCAUUUAUGCUGCUGUUCCUGCUGCUCUACGUCGUUAGAAGAAUGUCCAUUAUGCCGUUCACAAAUUGAAAGGAAGAUAAAAGUAAUAUCAUCAUAGAUAUUUUUUAUUUUAGGAAUUUAUAUUUAUUCGUAAUUUAAAAUAGUCAAAAACGAAUGAUUGUUUUAUAUUUAUUAUGGGAAAGUAAGUGACUAUUACAAUUACACUUUUAUACUAUAAAUAUUCUAUUAAAGCUAGAAUCAUCAUUUCAAGUAAAAACUAUUUCACAUUAGUUUAUCUGUGAUAUUUUUAUUAAUUAAAAACGAUAUUAGUUACUAACCAAGGUUAGUGUAGUAAGAAUACUAGGGUCACUUAUUUUGAUUCUAGCUUUCACAUUUGUUGUUAUUAUCCAUUAGUAAUAACUGACAAUGUAAUUAAUAAUGUUAUCACUGCGUUGGGCACAGAUUUUCACAAACGAAUACCACUUAUAAUAGAUUUAAAAAUUUUAUAAUUAUCACAAGUAUGACGAAUUCAUACAGAAGCAGAAUCUUGACUUUUUACACAAUAUGAGAAUUAUGUGAUUGUGAUGCAAUCAAUUAUUUUAAUGCCCUAUAAAUAAAGACUAUUUCCUGAUUUAAUUGAUUCAAAUACUCAUUUAAUAAGAUUGUUACAAAUAUGUUUAUUUCUCAUUUUACCCCCAUAGCGUCCUAAAAUAGCAUCUGCCAUGUUAAACAUCUCUAAAUGGUGCUGAAAUUAUUCUUUCUGUUACAAUUAUUGCACCAAGUCAAUAGCAAGAGUGGUGUGGCCUUAGUCUUAUAAAAUGCAAUUUUUAUCUUUAUAGCAGCCAUUUUUAGCAUUACAUUAUUAUACUCUUGUCUGUGUUUAAAUAAAACAAAUGUAUUAUUU